AGGGUGUGGAGACAGCGGCAAAUGAGUCACAAGAAAACGCACUACCCUCUUGAGAGCAGCUGUGCAGCAUCCAAGCAAUUGACAAUAAAAUCAUGAGAAUUCUCUCUACAGUUUGUGCUUGACCACCGCGAUCGGAUCCUCCGCACACGAUGAGCUUCAUCACGGGCCUGAUCUUCGGGCGUGGCGGGAGCCCGACGCAGCAGCAGGCCGCGCCCUCCUUUCACCUGCACGAGUUCCAGCAACUCUACCAAAGGCUGAAACUGUCCAUCAGCAACGCGACGCAGGGACCAACACCGGAGCACGACUUCACGUCGAUGCAUGAGCAAUUGAUUGUGGAGGAAUGCAUUCGCAAAAUGACCGAGAUGCUCAUCUACGGCGAGAAAAAGAAGGACUCCACGUUUUUCGACUACUUUUGCGAGAAGAACCUGUUGAAAGAUUUCGUCGCGCUCCUCGGGCUGCCGCAAGUCCCGUCGAAAAUCAAGAUUCAGAUUCUGCAAACGCUCUCCAUUCUGGUAUCCAACAUGCAAGAAGACACGAACCUCUACUACCUGUUUUCGAACAACCACGUGAACCAGCUGAUUCGCACCCCCAUGAAUUGGCUGGACGAGGAAAUUCUCGCCUACUACAUUUCCUUUUUGAAAACCUUGACGCUGAAACUGAACCGCGAAACCAUCAAGUUUUUCUUCUCCACCACGGGGGGUGCGGGUGGGAGUAGCGCCAGCAGUCCGGGCGUUACUACAUCAAGUCCUUAUCAAAUGAGCCCGAAUGUAAGCCUGGUCCCUACGGGGUCCUUUCCGCUGUACACGGAGGCUGUUCGGUUUUUCGCCCACUCCGAUCCGAUGGUCCAAACGGCAGUGCGGACCCUAACGCUAGCGAUUUUCAAGCACGCGAAGGAUACUGCGCUGCAGCAGUUUCUUCUGAAGAACCGGAAUUCGCGGCUGUACUUCAUCUACUUCGCCUGCUACUUUCGAAAUCUGUUUCUCGACCUGAACGAGCAGGUGAUGUCGAACGUCCGGGACGGUAUCGCGAAAGCGAAGAUCUCGCAAUUGCUGGACAAUGUGGAGGACUGUUUCGGGUACGUGCGCGAUGUGUUUUCCUGCGACUUCGAACAGCUGUCAAAGGUCCUGGCCGCGAACUUGCUGCAGCACUGCUUCUUCCCGUUGCUUCUGGAGAGAGCUUUCGGGAAGUCGUCGGUAAAUUAUAACGGAGGAAACAAUUAUGGGGAGCAAAUGGAGUUGCAGAUUUUAUCCAGCAGUGGCUCAACAGCAACCACGGCGCGAGCCAUGCCUCGGUCCGCGAGCUCGUCAGCCGCGGUCGCAAACUACUUUGCGGACCCGAGCAGCAACGGCAACGAUAACCAUCACCCACCGGAAAGUCCGAUGAGCGCCGCGGAUAGCAACGCGGACAGCACGACGCACAUGAGCUCAACGAAUAAUUCGCCUAUGGGGGGAAAGAAUACCCUUGCGAAUGUGGAAUUUGGCGACUUGAAUGCGGGCACGUGGAUACCUUCGACGUCCGGAGCCACAGCAAACUCAGACUACGGCGCGACAACGCCUACGAUGACGCCUGCGUCGGCUGUCGAUCGCAUGUCCACUACGACCGCCACCUCUACGCCCGAGCCUUCGUCCGCGUCAUCGAUUCCAGCUUUCAACCCACCGGGCAGAAAUGCCAAAGGCGGAGCAGCUGGUGCGGCAACGAGUAGCUCGAGCACGAAUCAUCCGCGCAGCGCCGCUGCUGGCGCCAGCUCGGGAACGAAGCGGCGGACGCGAAGCGCGGAAAAAGGCCACAGCUUGCCCGUCAUCAACCUCUCACCCGCGGAGGACGACACGCCCUUUCUCCCGGAAGUUGGCUGCUGGGUACUGAAUAUGAACUGCAAAAGUAUCGUACUCGUAUAAAUGCAUUACAAAUUUCCUCGACAUGAGAAAUAAAAUUUGUAAUGCGGAUUUACCUCAACAAAAGGAUUUGUAAUGCAUGAUUGCAAUACGAGUACGAUACUUUUGCACAGGAUACUGAACCGGCUUUGGCAAGAGUUCCCACCCAGUGACGGCGCGGCAGUUGAGGUGAAGAAAAAUGCUCAGAGCAGCAAAAGUACCGUUAAACCGCCUACCUUGUCUGGCUAUGCCUUGAUAACGAAGCCUGCAUUUGACACGGUGCUGCGACAACGGCUUCCGAAGGCCUUCGUUCUGGCGCAAGAACUCGGACUUCGCAGGUUCCAGGGAAGGGUUCUGAAAAAGACACUGGCGCAGACGAAAAGCUCUUCGUCUGCAAGCUCUUCUGCGCGAAGAACACGAGGCGUGCGGGAACAAGAGCAGGAUGCGUCGUCGCGACAGCUGGAGGAGCUGUGUGAGGACGCGGCAUUCGUGGACCUGACCCUAUUGCCCUUUGUGGACGAGCACACCCUUCUUACCAGCAAAGCGGGAAGCAAGGCUAGUUCUUCCGGCACCGACGAGGACCAUGCCUCCUUGCAACCAAGUGGCAGCGACGAUGACGGAAAUAUCGCAGGCGCGAGCGUUAACCCUGUAGAUCAAGAGGUUACGUUCGGAUCGGUACUAGCUUCUAGCACCACCGCGUCGAAGGCGAUGUUGCGAGAAUCAUUUUUGGAAUAUUUUGACUCUCCUGCGCAGGCACUUGCCGUGCCAAGAACUCCAUCCGGCGUUGUAACGACAGAGCAGCAAUCCUUUUCGGACCAGGAGUCAAACCCAUUUCGGGCACGGUUUUUGCGUCAAUGCUGGUCCUGCACAGAAAGCGACCUUGUCGUGCCACUCCCGCCAACGCCAUCCAGCGACGCGCCUCGCACACCAAUAAACGCGGCUGAGUUCCUGAACAACUACUUGUCGUCUGACCAGGCUGCCAGCCAAGUUAAAACCGUAGCUGCUUUUGGUCACGAGAUAGAAAGCAGGGUGAAUCAAAACAGCAGGAGCCAGCACGACACGAUGAUACCCAAGGAGCAGCAGCCCAAUAGGGAAGCCUUCCACGCUACUUGCGCCAGAAAUCUGAUGGGACAGCUGUUGUACUUCUCGAUUCUUUGGAAAUACGAAGAAACCGCUGUCGCACUUGAGCGAGAUAAUUCCGCCUCAUCGUCUAGUGUUGCGUCAACAUCCUCCAGUGUGCUUCCGAAGAUGGUGAGUGCGCUUGCGAAAACUGUGUUGACCGCUCACUUUCCGCUCUACCACAAGUGGCGCCUCGCAAUGCUUCAGCAGGUCGCUGAUCAGGGCCCGUCCGGGCGAGACGCAGUCGGCGCCCAUCUGUCUGACGAGAUGCUUCCGGCGCUGAAGCGAAUGCACACAAAUUUCGACCCCGACGACGCGUUGGAUGCCUUCACCGAGGCGUGGGAAGCAAGGCACCGUACCAGUGGCGGAACCACCCUGCUGCCUUCGCAACAGCGGCACUUGCUGCAAGCGAGCGGCAGUACCGAGGAGCUACUUUUCUCUCUGCGCGCGCCACCUGGUACUACCUCGACGGUCUCCGCUUCCUCGUCCGGCUCCAACAGCCGGAUGAUUUGCAACUUGGAAUCUUCUGCGCGCACGUUUUUCGAGGUUUUUCUUGCCUGCUACGACCUCCGCAACAGGCUCGGGAGAAACAAGAAUAACGGAACAAGUGCUUUUUAUCAGCAGCACCCCGCCGGGGCCAUCCUGCCACACCCACUGCUUCAGCACGAUGAGGAAGCUUCGUUCGCGAAGGCGUUCGCUGUCGGGAAGAGCUUCGAGCUCGGCAAACGGGACCGGAUCGUGUGCACCAUUGUGACGCCGAGCAAACGUAAGGUGACGAGGUACUUUGUCAUCCACCCGAGAGUUUUCCUUCUCGUCCAGCCAGACCUGGCUCGGGCAAAUUUUGCCGUGGUCUCCGAAAGCGUCCCCAUUCGGGACGUGGACGUGCAGUCACGCACGGAAUCUAGGGUGCUGACGCUCCAAAUCCGCUGCGGAUUGUCUUCUGGCGCUACCGCGGAAAAGAAGCCGGGGAGUGCAACGCGAUUGCUCGUGCUGCACUUCGAGGACAAAAAGCGGUGUAAUUGUGUGUACGAGCAGUUGAUCACAUUCCGAAAACGCGUCCGUGCGGAGCUCUUUGAGAAACUGCAAAAUUGGAUCCGGGCGGCUGCGUGAGGCAGUUUUUUGUGAAAGCAUGUCAGGUCAUUGUGGUUGUGAAAAUCCAAAAUCGUUUCCCACUUCUAAGUUGGAAUUCAUGGCGCGAGCGUCUAUGAU